CGAUAAAAUUUACUCUCUUCAGCUCCUAAACAAAAAAACUAUUUCUCAGUCUCUGUCUCUCCUUUCAAACGCAAACACAAACACAAACUCAGCCCAACAGAGACUGCAAUACCCAUACGCAGGAACCCAAAAACGGAAAACGUAGACGCAGAGCUUUCUCUCCUCCCGGCGACGGUAAGCGAUAAAAACUAAAUAGAGAAAAUUGUUUUCUAUCUUCUCACCGUCAGUUCAAUUGAAGAAAGUGAAAGUAAACACCGGCAAAAGCGAUUCAACUAAGCCACAAACGCUACGCCUCAUGGUUGCAGAGUCUUCCACCUCGGUUACUGCUUCACAAAACCGCACAAUCAACCUAACAUCAAACUGCUGGAACGGCUACAGGGAAUGAGCUGUGGCUACUGUUUUGAUCAGUAAGGUUAAAUGGAGGAUUCAGAGAAGAGAAGAGACAGACUGAAAGCAAUGCGCAUGCAAGCUGAUCAGACUGAAGCUUCUAGUAAUGUUGCAAGUCUCGCUGUGCCUGUUUCCCUUUCCAAUCCAUUGCUUGAAACCUCUGCAACUGUGUAUGUGCAGGAGGAGUCACAUGCUCCAAGGUUUGAUUUUUAUACAGACCCAAUGGCAGCAUUCUCUGAUAGCAGGAAGAGGAGUGAGGCUGGUAAUCAGAUUAGACAAGAUUGUUUCACAUCUCCAAGUAAUCAUGGUUCUCCAAUGGCACGGUUUUCACCAUCUCUUCCAGCAGGACCAAGGAACCCUGGAAUGAAUCCGCCUCCUGCUCAUCAAAUCCAGACCAGCAGUUCUCCCCAUCAGAUGAUGUACCAAGCACAAGGUUCUUAUUACAACUCUGGUCCCCAUGGAAGCCCAAUAGGAACAGCCAGUCCUUUUUCCAUGCAUCCGCGAACUCCUGAAGUCUGGAAUGGACCAAUGAACCCAACUAGCUAUAGGUUUCCAUCUAAUCCAUCUAGAGGGGGUCAUCUUCCAAGCCCUGGCUUUGGACCAAGAGGUAGCCCGCGUUUCAAUACUGGGCAAGGCAGGGGUCACUGGGUCAGCCACAGUCCAAGCCCUGGUUCAAGACAUGGAGGCAGCCCUAGCCCUGGUUCAGGAAGAGGAGGGGGCCGCUGGUAUGGAAGCAGCAUGAGCCCUGGUUUGGGACAGAGUAGUGGACGAGGGUGGGGUUCUCAUGCUCAUCCAUCGACACCAGAGCGGUUUUAUAAUGAGUCCAUGUUAGAUGACCCAUGGAAACUUUUGGAACCAGUUGUAUGGAGGAGUGUGAGUGCUUUAGUGAAUAGUUUGAACACCCCUGCCUCACCUAAAUCCUGGAUUUCAAAAUCUCCUAUAACAAAAAGACCGAAAGUUUCAGAAUUUUCAAACAAGUCAAGUUCUCAACCAAGCUUAGCCGAGAUCUUGGCUGCCUCUUUUAAUGAAUCUGUAAAUGAUGCAUCAAGCACAUGACGGUUGCUGGGAAUUCCAUAGAGCCUUUUGCUACACUUACUUCCCUGCUCAGUAUGGUUUCUAUCCAGAAAGCGAAGCAGGAAGGCAAAAAGGUGUUUGCUGGACUCACAUGCUGUGAGAGGGAAGAUGUAUAUAUCGGAUGUAUGAUAUACCUUCUCUUGAACACCUGAAGACAAAAAAUUCCAUUCGAAGAAACUCUUUAGUAUUUGCAAUUGCAUGUAAUGAUCUCUGCUGAAAUUCAGAGUAAACUAUCAGAUGGCUUCAAGCAUCUGAUACUGUACUAACAUAGCAAAUUGAUAAUGGUUAUGUUUUGCAAGUUCUUGUGGCUACUGCAAAGGUUUCCUUUGCAGUUGAAUAUUUCUACAAUUUUAUUACAUAUUUAUCGCUUCAGUGUGCA